AAAGAGCCCACACCAUCCACCCCCAUGCGGGCGUACAUCAGAUCGACCCUCUCGUUGCCCUCGACAUCCCCGUUAGCGACAAGGGUCAAGUUGUUGGACGCCGUAUAGCCACAAGUAGAUUCCGUGCCCCACAUCAAAGGGGCAAACUUCGUCAUCAGGUGAUGACACGCUUCCUCUUUGUCGGGGCGAAAGUCGCACGACGCCCACAGUCCGCGGAGACCGUCCCUCAGCACGCACCGCAGCAUCCAACAGGUCCAACAUGUGCAGCAGCGUGUACAUGGUAUCCGACGUGUGCAUAAAGGGCCGUGGGACGGUGGCGGUAGACAAUGCCUAUUCGCGGGCGGACUGGAAGACGACAAAGUCGUUUUCGGAAACGUUAAAGCACAGAAAGUCGAAGCAAUUCAAGCGUUGUUUCUACACGUUUCCCACACAGUGUAUGUUGGAAUGGAGAUUGGGUGUGGCUGUUCGUGCAUACAGCGGAACGCCGAAGGCACCGUCCGGGGGUCCACUAUCCGGAAUGGAAACGUUAAAGCACAGAAAGUCGAAGCAAUUCAAGCGUUGUUUCUACACGUUUCCCACACAGUGUAUGUUGGAAUGGAGAUUGGGUGUGGCUGUUCGUGCAUACAGCGGAACGCCGAAGGCACCGUCCGGGGGUCCACUAUCCGGAAUGGGUCGUUUCCGCAACGUGAUGGAGGUUGCGCGACCUGCGCAACCAGUUAUGGUUGUGGAGCAUACUGUGUAGGACAGUGUGUCAAAACACUUGACAGACUGGUACUGUC